UUCAGCCGCCGCCUCCAGGCAGCUGCCACAGCUCACUGUAAUGAUAAGUCCUGAGGACUUUCUGCAGAAGAGAACAUAAGCUUCGGGUCCCUGCAGCUGUCUCUGUACUUUCGCGCAGAGUGAGACGCAGGCGGCUACGUCAUAACUAGCGGAGGCCAGCACCCUCACCCAGACAACCAGAGACGCACCCCUCCAUCUCCACAAUUGCACCUGCCGUUGCCGAACCGCGCCCUACCUCCGCCCAUCACCACACCUCUCCUUCAAUCCGCAUCCAGCCAUCCAAAGCCCGCUUACUGGCCAUCUGGCGAAAGUCACCCCACGCCACCUGCGUUCACGUGCGGGCGACACAACUUCUUGUCCGCUUCAAAACAGCUCGCUCCCACCCCGCUCCUCCCGACAAAACACCACAGCCAUGCCUCAACGCUCACCGACUCUACACUCGCCCACUCAGCACCCUGAGCGGCCGAAGGGCAUCCUGAAGAACUCCAGCUCGUACCGCUCGCAGACGUCCCCCACCAGCCCUGAAGCACCCCCUCUUGGUCCACCACUUGCCCAGAUACCAUCGCACGACCGGCCAGGCCUAGGUCGGGAGCUCUCAGAGAAGGAGAUCGUCUUGGAGAACACGCUGAGGAAUGCCGGCCCCGCCCAUCGGCGCUCGUCGUCAAACCCCCGCGGACCCGGGUCCCGUCGCCAGUCCGGCACCAGCAUGCACGCCGACGAGAACAGCCCGAGGCUAAAGUGGGACGAGGCGAACUUGUACCUCACAGAGCAGCAGCGAGACAGCACAAUGAAGAUCACGGAGCCGAAGACACCGUACGCCAAGCAAUACGACCCCGCAGAGGACGAGGAUGAGGUCGAGAUGCUGAAUGCGGAGGAGCUCAAGGUCGAUGAGCUAGAUGCCAUACCGAAGCGCAAGCCGAAGAUGGACGAUAUUCCCGACUUCGAUCUGGGAGAGCCGGAGCUGGAGGCGGGGAGUUCGCACACGCCCGACAGCGAGAAGCGGGUUAUCGUCGAGCCGGAUGCAGAGGACACGCCCGGCCACCAUGGCGAAGACCUGCCGCACCUGACUCCAGAGGAGAGGGAGAAGCAUCGCAAAUUCGAGGAGAUGCGGAAGAAGCACUACGAGAUGAAGAACGUCAAGAACCUUCUUGGUCAUCCGGAGAUGCUUGAUGAAGAGGGCGAGGAUGAGCCGACCCAAGUGCCACCCAUUCCCAACGGCCAAUCGUAGUCGGCCACCCUUCUUAGCCAUUUUAAGAUGCAACAUCAUGAUACCUGUUUCCUUUGUCUUAUAUCCCCAUAGGAUGCUUGGUGUUGGGGUACGUAUCCGGGGAUGCAUCAUGUAUGUUCCUUCACUGGCCUUAGGUUCUACAUCAAUUUAUUGUAGGCUCAGCCUUCGGUCCUCUCAUUCUGGAGCGUUUGGCGGCUGCUGCCUCUGAGCUCGUCCUUUUGAGAAUACCCAUUCGCUAGACGCGUGUGGUACACCUGGGCUUCCAAACGCCUCACUUAUGCUUUUCGGUCUGCGUUGCAUUUGCCUGAUGAGUACCAUUAUAGCGGAGUCUGGAAUAAGGAAGGACUCGGGGUCUAAAAUGGUGGGGGGAGGCCCAAGUAUUCGUCUAGCCAUUACCAAGUAAUUACGACAAAUGUCAUAUCUGUAUCAUC